AUGACAUUUGUUGAUCAAGAAAGGCUGAAAAAGGAAAAUGCUCAUCUUCAUCAAUACCUGGACAAAAUUGAGGAACAAAAACAAUUUGCAACUACUGAAAAAAAAAAUCCUGAGGCGAAAGAAAGACAGCAACGCCGAAAAUUGCGUAAAUUAAAAACAGCUGUGGAAAAAUCACUAUGGUUUGCUAAAACCAUUGUUCUCAAUCCCAGUUCAGCUUCUUUCACAGAUGAUAAGGCGGAAAGCUAUAAUGUUGAUUACUCUUCAGAAAACACUCCUAAAUCAUUUAAUGAAUUACUUGAAGAGGAACAAGAAAAGGUGAAGAGUGUUCUAUUCCUUCCUGAUAAAUUCUGUAUCACCGAUGCGGCAUAUCAUGAGUUAACUCUGACAAGUGGGGGACAGGAUCUUCCCAGAAGUUACCUCAUAAAACAAUGCAAAGAGAAUCUCAACCUACUCUGUCACAUCGGUCGCACUCCAGGCUAA